AGAGAAGAUACGAAAAUACACGCCAACGCUUCUUCACUGUGUGCACCUUCUUCCUUCGUCUUCGCCUUUUCUGCUUCACUUGUUCACACACUAGUGGUAUAUUCGCACCAAAAUUUUACCGUUAAAACGGGAAAAAAUGGAUUUAACGUUCCCGCUUAAAACCCAGUGUUUAUCUUCAAAAUUCAAGUACUGCAGCUCGCCGGCCUUCUCAAAUGCUUCGUCGCUGGUGCGAGGUUUCCUCGACGCCUCUUGUUCUUCGCGUAUAAAGCCUAAAUUAAUUAGGGUUCGCUCGGAAUUUGACGGCAAAGUUAACGGCGCUCUCUCCGCCGAUUUCGACUCUCGUUUCGUCGACCGGCAAAAGGCGCUCGAUGCUGCCAUGAACGAUAUAAAUAGCUCUUUCGGGAAGGGAAGUGUUACGAGGCUCGGAAGUGCCGGUGGAGCUUUGGUUGAAACCUUUCCAAGUGGCUGCUUGACGUUGGACUUUGCUUUAGGGGGCGGCCUUCCCAAAGGAAGAAUUGUUGAGGUAUAUGGGCCAGAAAGUAGUGGGAAAACGACUCUAGCACUCCAUGCAAUUGCCGAAGUGCAGAGGCUUGGAGGGAACGCUAUGCUUGUUGAUGCUGAGCACGCUUUUGACCCGGCAUACUCGAAAUCUUUGGGUGUUGAUGUAGAAAAUUUGAUUGUUUGCCAGCCUGAUAAUGGAGAAAUGGCGCUAGAGAUUGCUGAUCGCAUUUGUAGAUCCGGUGCUGUUGAUCUCAUUUGCAUUGAUUCAGUCUCGGCCCUUACUCCACGAGCUGAAAUUGAAGGUGAAAUCGGGAUGCAACAAAUGGGUUUGCAAGCACGCCUUAUGAGCCAAGCCUUGCGUAAAAUGUCAGGGAAUGCUUCCAAAGCUGGAUGUACGCUUAUAUUUUUGAAUCAAAUUAGACACAAGAUAGGAGUAUAUUAUGGAAACCCUGAAGUCACGAGUGGUGGAAUUGCUUUGAAGUUCUUUGCAUCUGUCCGACUUGAAAUACGUCCUACUGGGAAGAUAAAAUCUGUUAAAGGAGAUGAAGAUAUUGGACUCAAAGUCCGCGUAAGAGUUCAAAAGAGUAAGGUGUCAAGGCCGUACAAGCAAGCCGAGUUUGAAAUUAUAUUCGGAGAGGGAAUCAGCAAACUGGGUUGUGUAUUGGAUUGUGGUGAAAUGACCGACGUUGUCUUAAAGAAGGGGUCGUGGUAUAGCUAUGGAGAACACAGGUUGGGACAAGGAAGAGACAGAGCAUUGCAGUACCUCAAAGAAAACCCUCUUGUGUCCGAAGAAAUAGAGAAGAAAGUAAGAGCUGCUGUGACAGAGGGCAUCGGAAAUGGAGGUUCUUAUGCGAAGCCUUCAGCUCCCCAAACCGAUAGCGAAGAUAUGUUCCAAGAAAUGCAAUGAAAUGACGAUUAAGCCCUUCUUCUUUUUGUCUCUUGGGAAGAUUAUUGCAAAAGAUGGUUUGCGAUUUUGCAUUAACAGCCAUCUAAAUUUUUGGAAGAGAUCGAAAUUUAUUCAUGAACUAUGUAACAGUUGGAGGAGAGUAUAUUAUGGAAAAGCAAAAUCCAUGGUCCAUAAUUGUAAGAAAAGCUAAUCUUCGACACUUCCGACAACGGAUAAAACCACUUCUUGACCUUUAAUUUCCCAUUAAACCAUCGACUCAAUUAUGGUCGGCCCGGAGAAUCCUGACCGGAUAAGGUUUAGUUAUUUAAUUAA